CUGUGUUAUUUAUGGCAGAAAGUGAAAAUCACAGUGAUUUACUGAUCAUUAAAAUGUGUUGAUGAUGAUUCACCUCAUAAAUCAUGAAACACUGCUCUCCUCUGUAUAAGCUCCUCUUAUAGGUUAAAAAUAUUGGUUUCUGUUGGUAUCAGCAGUGUUUUAUUUAUUUGGUAUCACAUUGAUUCCAAUUUUUGCAGUAUCACACAGCAUUACAAUUCAGGCAAAUGUGUUGGUAUUUUUCCUCGAAAAGUAAAAAAAAAUAAAUUAAUUUAUAAUUUUUCAGUGUGUGGUUUCAUGGGGGGAGGAGGGGCCCAACAACACCUUUCUGCUCCUGUCUACAGAAAUGCAGCUCCGGCACUGCUGAGGUGUCACUACAGAAUCAGAUUCAGAACAUUUUAUUAAUCCCAGAAGAAAUGAUGUGGUUACAGUCGGUCCAAGACAGUAGGAACAGCAACAGACCGUAUAUAUUAUAUCGUUACAAAAUAAAAGAAACAGCUCUAAUAUAUACAAAUAGCUUACUUAUAAAUAUCCAGAAUAUUACAGACAUUUUACUGUAAAACUGUUAUUUCACUGUGCAGCAUGUGAUAAAGGGUGCAGCUACUGGAUGGAGGAGUCGUACAGAGAUGUAUCCACAGGCAGGAAGGAUUUCUUGAGUCGUUCACUGGUGCAUUCGGGGAAUCUCAGUCUAAAGACUUUCUCUGAACUGCUGACGUUAAACGGCCGCAUGAGGGCCUCUGCGUCCUCUUCACCGCCUCCAAAACCCUCUCCUCAUUUCGAGUCUGUGCCAAAUUCCCUCCUCCUGCUCUCUGCCAGCCAGUAGCAGCCCUCUGGCCGCGGAGGGGAGCAUUCACACCCCGCUGUCGGCGUUUAGCGGAUGGAGCUCUCAGUCUGAGUCUGACCCGGAGGGAGGGAGGAGGAGAAGAUGAACGGUAACCCGUGCGCCCGCAGGCUGGCCCGGCGCUCCAGGUCCGCGCUGCUGCUGGUCGCCGCUCUGGCCGUCCUGCUGGUCCAGACUCUCAUCGUGUGGAACUUCAGCAGCCUGGACUCUACCGGCGGGGACGGAGGCGCCAGGAGCCGGGAGAAGAGAGAGGACCGGACCGGGGGGCUCAACAAAGCCGACAGGGAGCACCCGCGGAGGGGGCUGCAGAAGAGGGGCGACUCGCCGCCGCUGGUCGGGAAGGCAGCCGCUCAGCAGCAGCUGCAGGCGGACGUUUACCACUCGCACCGCCCCAAAGAGAAAGUCCACCUGGACAGCAACAAUAAUGAGAACUCGGUCCCCAAAGACUUUGACACCAUCGACAGCAACAGCAACCUGGGGGCCCGAUCACAUAACCAGCGAGUGCCAGUCGGAAAUGCCAAACGUAAGCUGGAAAAGAGCCAAGCGCAAAGCAUGCUGGGAAAAUCUGCCAACGAGGUCCUCAAGUACCCUCCCAUCCAACCGAGAGGGCUGGGCCACAAUCGCAACCACACCCACAUCCGUAAAGCCCACCCCAAGCUGCCAACGGUUGCAGCGCCGGCUCAGGGGUCCAAUCCGGAUUCACCGUUCUACCAGACCAAGAAGCCGGCUUCUCCUCCGCUGCCGCCUGGUCUGGAGGUGAGGAAGGAGCAGCUGCAGUGUGAGAUCAGCGGUAAAGAAGCCAUUUCAGCUCUUUCCAGAGCCAAGAGCCGGGAGUGCCGGCAGCAGAUAGUAGAGGUGUACUGCAAACACAAAGAGGGGACGCUGAUGCCACAGAAAGUUCCUCGCUACUGCCCCGCAGAAGGUAAAGCUAAUGUGAACGUACAGUGGGACGAGGACGCCUCCGAUGCUUCUCCGCCUGUACGGAUCGCCUUCGUGCUGGUCGUCCACGGCCGAGCCUCGCGUCAGUUCCAGCGUCUCUUCAAAGCCAUCUACCACACCUCACAUUACUACUACAUCCACGUGGACCAGAGGUCCAACUACCUCCACAGAGAGGUGGUGUCUCUGGCCAGCCGGUAUCCAAACGUGCGGGUGACUCCCUGGAGGAUGGCCACCAUCUGGGGCGGGGCCAGCCUGUUGACCAUGUACCUACGCAGCAUGGAGGACCUCCUCAGCAUGGCCGACUGGUCCUGGGACUUCUUCAUCAAUCUCAGCGCUGCAGACUAUCCCAUCAGGACCAACGACCAGCUGGUGGCUUUCCUGUCCAAAUACCGCAACAUGAACUUCAUCAAAUCUCACGGCAGAGACAACGCGCGUUUCAUCCGUAAACAGGGCCUGGACCGUCUCUUCUACGAGUGCGACACCCACAUGUGGCGUCUUGGAGAUCGAAAGAUCCCAGAGGGCAUUUCUGUGGAUGGAGGCUCUGAUUGGUUCCUGCUCAACAGGCGCUUUGUGGAUUAUGUGGUCAACUCCAGGGAUGAGCUGGUCGGCAGCAUGAAGCGUUUCUACGCCUACACGCUGCUGCCCGCCGAGUCCUUUUUCCACACCGUGCUGGAGAACAGCGCCCACUGUGACACCAUGGUGGACAACAACCUGAGGCUCACCAACUGGAACCGCAAACUGGGAUGCAAGUGCCAGUACAAGCACAUCGUGGACUGGUGCGGCUGCUCGCCCAACGACUUCAAGCCCUCAGAUCUGCCGCGCUUCCAGCAAGCGUCCAGACCCACCUUCUUUGCCCGGAAGUUUGAGGCCAGCGUCAGUCAGGAGAUCAUCAGCCAGCUGGACGCCUACCUGUUCGGAGCGCUCGCCUCGGGAACACCGGGUCUGCAGGCCUACUGGGAGAACAUCUACGAGGCAGAGACAGACGGACCCGCAGGCCUGUCGGACUCGGCGCUCACCCACUACCACGCCUUUGCUCGUAUGGGACUGUCCCGCGCUGCCAGCUCGCUGCAGGGACAUCCCAGCGACAACAGCUGCAGGUACGUCGGCGUGAGUCACCCGGUGUCUGUGCACCUUUACUUCCUGUCCGACCAGUACCAGGGCUACCUGGUCCAUCAUGUGGCUACCAACCAAGCCUCUAAUCAGUUGGAAACCCUGGAGACCUGGGUGGCCCCCAAAGACCACUUCACCCUGACCAGCUCCCCACAUGCCGCUAACAGGCUCCAACACAUCCAGGUGGGGACCGACUGGGAUCCUAAGGAGCGUCUCUUCAGGAACUGGGGGCGUCUCCUGGGACCUGAGGACGAGCCGGUGGCCGUGCAGCGCUGGAGCCGGAGCCAGAGCAACCUGACAGCUACGAUUGUCUGGAUCGACCCAACCAACGUCAUCGCCGCCACCUACGACAUCCUGGUGGACGCCUCCGCUGAGGUCACACACUACCGGCCGCCUCUCACCUCCCCGCUGAGGCCUGGCGUGUGGACACUGAGGGUGUUGCACCACUGGAGCCCGCUGGGCCAGACCAGCUUCAUUGUAGCUCCUUUGGAGUUUCACAGGCAAAGGCCGAUACAGCAAGAGGACGCUCUGCGGCUGCACGGUGGACCAGCCAAGAACUCCUACAUGGAGCAGAGCUUCCACGGCCUCAACCCGGUCCUGCAGCUGCCGGUGAGCCUGGGUGCUGUCGAGGAGGCCGAGGCCAACGCCAGUCUGACGGGGGCACCGUUGCGUCGCUGGCUGGACAGGCUGCUGGAGGGCUACUGGUCCGCCUCGGACGUCUGCUCGAUGGGCCCCAGCGCCUGUCCGGUCAUGCAGCGCUGCCGCCUCACCGCGUGGAGCUCCGCCAGCCCCGACCCGAAAUCCGAACUGAGCCUGCCCAGAGAGGACGGGAGGAUAAGGUAGCAGGCGGACGGACUGAGGGAGAACGAGGCGAGGGAAAAUGAAGGAAAACACAGGGCUGACGUCCCGUUUGUGUCCAGUAUUUAUUUAUUUAAAGUCUGUGGGCGUGAACAGAGAGGACAGAUGGAGCAUCAGAGGGAACGGUGGGAAGAGACACUGAGGAAAAUCUUCUCCUUCAGUCCUCAUUCGGUCUGCUCUCACUUUUAUUUAGGACUACAAAGCUGUGCGUGCUCGAGUGAGUGAGAGUGUGUUAAGAGUGUUCGAAGAACUUUAUACCUCUUGUUGUCUGAGUGUCUCCCUGAGUUUAGGGUCACAUGCUGAAAACAGACACGGUUGCUCGUUCUUUAGGCCCAUUAUUUAAAAACUACAACAUAAACCUGAAUCAAGCCUCUAAGGAUCGCCUCAGAAUGAGAUUUCUCCACGCUACUAGUUUAAAAUCCAAAAUCAACCUCUUAAAAAAUAAAAUCUGAUUUAAACAGUGUCACAGUUUUUUUUUGUUUUUUUUUUCCCUUUUGGCUCAGUGUGACGUCAGUGAGAAAGGAUAUGCACAAAGCCUGUAAGAUAAACAGAUUAUUUUGAACAUUGAAUCAUGCAAAGCUACUCUAAUGGAGUCCAAGAAUAAAAAUAUAGAGCUGGAAGGGAGCAGAACAGCCCACUUUAAAGCACAGUAUGUGAUUUCUGAAAGCUUUUUUUUUUAUGUCCUGUUUAGCUGGAAAAAUUUCCGUGUUUUUUCUUCUUUAAAAAGGAAAAUCGGUUUAAGUAACAUUUAGAAAUAUUUAACCAAUAACUGCUGACAUUUAACUAUGAAAAUGUUCUUUUUUCUACAUCAAUGCUGUGUCUGUAUGAAUGAUCCACAGAAGCAGCUGCCAGUAAGAAUCAGCUGUAGAUGGAAAUCUCACCGCAGCGACGGUACCAAUGAUUUUCCCUUUAACCACCUUUCCAGAGAUAAUGAGCCUAAAAUCAGUUCUCAGCAACCACAGAUGUUCUCACACAGAGCCAGUUGGGUAUCAGGGGAAAUUAUGAUUAAUCUUUUAAAGUGCUAAUUUAUGGACAGAAUAUAUUUAAUGAGUUUUCUUAAGUUGUUCGGGCUCUGUGUGCGAUUCGUGUUUUCUUUCUGUGCCAUGUCUGAAUCCCUCAGACUUGAAGUGAGACGUCCGCUAUGUUGGAAGAGAUCCGCCUCCUUUUUCCUUUAAUCUGCACACAUUAAAAAACGACAAACUUUCUGCUGUACAAACGGCUACCCGACUAAUUUAUUCAGAACUUUUCUUUCUUUUUUGUUUUGUUUUUUCGGGGGCGGGGUCAGUGACUGAAAUGUUUUCUAAAGCCUGACAGAUGUUGGCUCCAGCUAGUUUUGGGUUCAGUCAGAGCUGCUGUAGUCUUAUGAAGAUUGUUUCCAUUAUUUAUUUGUGGCUCUGUUUAGGAGAAGAUUAGCAUCAGUGUUAAUGUGAUAAAAUCAGAAAAAGCAGGACGUGGGUUGCAAAGCAGCUUGCAGAUGUGCGCUAAAGCAGCCUAAAUGGCCCACCUUAUAUAAAAUUUGCCAGUUAAACAGAGCUGAUAACGAUGGUCGUUUUUCUAUCGCACACGUCAGAGAGCAGAGCUGAGAGAUCACCCUUACUGGAUAAAUAAACUAUGCCAUGAUGAUGAAUGGCUGCAGUCGUGAGUUUUAAAUCAAUCAAGUGUAAACAAAGAGUCCAGAAAACUGCAGAGUUUUAACAAUGAAGUGUCAGCACUGUUAGGAUUACUCAUUACUGUAACACAGAAACAUGUAAAAACUGAACCAGCAAAGUGUAUAAAACACUUUUUGUUUUUUACAUAAAUGGGACCAAAGCUGGAGCCCAGCAGCUCUGAAUGAGUAUGAAGAGUCUCUGAGUGUGUGUGGGGCAUGAACAGGACGUGUCGGUUCCACGCUGCUCUGUAAGGGUUACAUUUAUUUACGGUUACAUUAAGCGGCCAUCAUGUGUUGAAUUUAAAACCUCCGCAGUUUAAUACCAAAUUCAACUCAUUUAUUUUUUUCUAUUCAAAUUCAAACCUAAUUUGAAGAUUCAGAGACAUUUUUACAUCCGGUGUGUAUUUUUCAUAUAUCGAAUGAAUCUAUGUAAAGCUGUAUUUUGUAAAAACCUGACAGAUGAUGUACAGUUUUUAAGUUAAUGAGUAUUAAGAUGUAGAUGUUUGGAAUGUGACGCAGAUGUGCAGAUGUGAUGUUUCUGAAGACCUGUCGCUGGUGUGAAAACAUUCCUGAGAUGUUCCGACUCUGGAGGACGGUCCCAGCCGAGGGCGUCCCGCUGUGCUUCGCCGCGGCUCCGUUCAUAUGUCCGACCAGCCUGUCCCUCAGUCUCCUCUUUAUCGUCGUCUCUCGCUGGGAGCUGUGCUGCUGUGCCUUAGCUGUUCUCCUGUCUUUAGGAAACCCUCCAGAAAGCAUCUGAAAGCAUCUGUAAUGUCUAAAAACUGAAAAAUUAAAGACAGAUUUGUUGCGAAUGCCUUAUAAAUGAUGUUGGUGGUUUUAAAGUACAAUUUCUAAAAAAUAAAAACAAUCUCCCUUUAGUUUGUGUCUGAGCUCAUGUCAUACGUUCAUAUGGCCCAGAGUCGGUGCAGCUUUGUAUUUACUAAUGUUUUUCAUUUCUUUUGGUUUUUAAUUCAGUUUUGUUUUAUAGUAUUUUUAAUAAUGU